ACAUCGAAGAGUUAUUGUGGCGGAAGUUUUUAAAGAAAAUUGUUUAAUAAAAGUUUGCUGCUUAAUAUUGUUAAAAAUCCUUACAAAAAUAUAUUUAAAAAAAAAUUAAAGAAAAAAUAAAAAAAAAAUAAGAAAAUGAAUUUCUUAACAGUUUGUAAAAGUUUUAUAAUGGUCAUAUUAUUAUUGGGAGUUUUAUGUGCCCCUACAGAAAGCAAAAAAGUGAUAUUUUUUGGUAAACCCUCAAUAAAUCUCUCACAACUAUUGAUCACCCAAAAUCGCGGCAAACCCUGUCAAAAAGGCUUUUUACUAGAUCAUCGUAAUCGUUGUAGAAGAGCUUUAUCAUUUAGUCGAUUAACACGCAGUUAAGUUAAAACAACUUCCGAAGAGUCUCUAAUUAUGUUGUAGUGAUAAGAAAAACAUGUGUCAGCAGCGGAUGUAAGGUAUUCUGUGGUAUUUUUUGUUAGUGCCUAGAAAAAAAGAAAUACCUUUAAAUGGAAUUUACCAAACGUUUUCACACUAUUGUUGAAUGGAUUUCAAGUGAUUGUAUAAUUGGUGCCGAAAUAUGAAUUGCAAGUAUUAAUAACGAUAAUUUUAUUUUCAACCUGACAACUUUAAAAGGUUUUUAUUGGCGGCAAGAUAGUGCGUUAAUUAUAGACAAAAAGUUCAACAAACAUUUGCACUUGAAAAGGUGUUUUAAGUACGUAUAAAUAUCUGCUGUAAAUUAGAUGUUAACUAUUAUCUUAAGUACUUGUUUAAAAAUAUUAGACAAUUUCAAUAUUUCAUUUUUGUCAUGAUUAUAAUGAAAAUGUCGUAGGUUAGUGACAUUGAAAGUAUGAAAAACAUUUUUUUUCACUUUAAUUGAAAAGCAACAAACACAAUAUUUAUCGAAAAUUUAUAACAAUAAUUUUGCUUAUUUGUAAUUAUUUGUCAAAUUCCGUAGUUAUUAAUUGAAGUACUUUUUUUAUAAAUAAGCAGACAUAGCUAGUGCUAUAAAGAUAUACAAUUUAGUUUAUUAAUUAAAAAUGAUUUUAAAAUUGCGAUUAACAAACAUGUGGCUAAUGUUAAUAAUAGGUGUGUUUUUAAGCACAUAAUUUAAAGUUAAAGCUCUAAAUAACUGAAUAGAUUUUUUUUCAUCAAAUAUUAAAUGCAGAGUGUUUUGUUAAAAUUCCCAAUAAUUAUCUAAUUUUCUGCAAUUUAAACAGUUAUUUUAUAUUUUCUUAUUGGCUCCACUGUGCAGUGUUUAAAACUAAAAAAGCAAUUUGUUUUUAGCAAAUGACCACAUGUUAUAAAAAAAACAGUUAUAAAGAUAUAAACUGGAAUUGUUAGUGAUUUCAUUUUUUGCUAAAUUUUUUGGCUUUAAUAUUAAAUGAUUGAUGUUUCUUUAAUAACAACAGAUAUCUCUCUCUCUUAUAAAUAUAAUUAUUUAAAAAAUUAAAUAAUAACAUAUUUAUUUAAUAAUUAUUUAAAAACAUACAAAAUUUCCAUAUUUUUUUCUAAUCGAAUAAUGUAUU